ACCAUCUCUCUCUCUCUCUCUUUCUCUCUCUCUCUCUCUCUCUCUUACACACACAGACACAGACACGCACACGCAUCCAUGUCAAUGGCGAUGCACACCAAUGACAGCUGGGAAUGGGCCGGAGCCAGCCCGAGAAUCUCCUUCUCCCACGACUUCUCACUCCCCGACGGCGAUCCCUCCCCCGCCGACGCGAUCUUCUCCGACGGCAAACUCCUCCCCCUCCCCCCCAUCGCCCCCAACACCACCCAUCCCCACCCUCGCCCUUCGUCCCUACCACCAACAACAACAACAAUUCCAUCCCCACCCACCACAAUUCUUUACUCCGAAAAGCAUCAGCAUCAGCAACAGCAGCAGCAGCAGCCUCCAAUAAGGCCUGCUGGUAAAAAGGCGGCGACAGCAGCAGCAGCAGCAGCGCCUUUCUGGAGGUUCGGGCGUAGCAGCAGCGUCAGCUGCUGCCAUGCCCGGCCGUCGUCGUCAUCGGGCUCCUUCUGCCCGUUCCCGCUAAUCCGCAGCAAGUCGACCGGUUCGGCGCUGGGUCCUGGAAACUCGAUCGCGGCAAGCAAGAACCGCGGGCUUUAUUGUAACUACGCCGGCGGCGGCGGCAGCCUGAAGCGGCCGUUAUCGUAUAAUAAGAGUAACAAUCAUGCAAAUAUUAAUAAUAAUGGUGGGAUUAGAAUAAGUCCGAUUCUGAACGAGCCCGCGGGUAGUGCUGCUGCAACAACCACGACUGGGGUGAGCAUUUUCAACUACUUGCUGUGUAGCUGUGGUAAUAGAAGCAUGCGGAGAGAAUUGGCCCUUCAAUGCACUCCUUAGGGGAGAAUUGGCCCUUCAAUACAGAUUAAAGUGAUCAGCACUAUCACAUUAAAGGUUCAAGACUCAGUACCAUCGCUGAUCAUAUUCCGUACUUUUAUUGUGAUUCAGAAUCUUCUGAACCGUUCGUACCGCUAAUAGUGUUUCUUUUCGAAAAGUGAUGAAUGACGAGAUUGAAAUGUCCUUUGUAAUUACAUAUGCCGUCCUUAAUUUAAACGAUUCAGAUUGAUCCUUCAAAUUUAUUUUGUUAGUGUGCGUCAUAUAUAUAUAUAUAUAUAUAUAUAUAUAGAGGAGUGGUCAUAAGGGGUACUCAAAGGAAAUGAUUUCCUUUCUCCUUAAAGUGGGGGUGAGACAGCAAGUGUGGGUAAUUAAUUGCAUGUUUUGUGGGGGCAAUUGUUUCUUGAAAUUAUUAGGAGCCACCUUUUGAUGCUUUAUCUCUCUACCUAGAGCUGCUCUUCCUUUUAUCUUUUCUUGAUCCCUUGUGUUUUCACUUUGUUGUUUGGAGUGGUUUUUGUGGGGAGAGAUUGUGGUGGUGGUGGUGGUGGUGGUGAGAGGAAAGGGGUGAAAAGGAUGUUGAGGAUGGGGAUCAUCAAAUAUGCACAAGAGGAAGGGAACAUGGCAAGGAAGAAGAGGGUCCCCCUCCUUUCAUUCAUUGCUUUGUUGGGUUCCUCAAACAAGGUCUUUGUGUGUGGCUGUAAUUCUAUAUUUAUAUGUACAUAUUUAUGAGAUGUAUUUUGUUUUCUCGCUGUUCUUGUUCUUUAUUAUAUGUGAAGUUCUAUGUCUCAACUUUGAGCAAUUAUAUGUAUGUCCUUGAUUUUUUUUUUA